AAGUAUCCUGUGUGCGCAGUGCAUGAAUGUAUCUGGGCAUCUCCGCGUAUAUUUAUAUAGUGUGUGAUGCGAAAAGCAGGACCAGCCGAGAGGAAGAGGGGGUGUGGGGGGAGGGAAGACCAGGGGGAAGAGAGAGGAGAGCUCGAGACGAGAGAGAGAGAGAGAGAGAGAGAGAGAGAGAGAGAGAGAGAGAGAGAGAUAGGACUUCCUCCCCACUCGCAAAGUGAAGUCACUUCCCAAAAUUAGCUGAAAAAAAGUUUCAUCCGGUUAACUGUCUCUUUUUCGCUCCGCUACAACAACAAACGUGCACAGGGGAGCGAGGGCAGGGCGCUCGCAGGGGGCACGCAGGGAGGGCCCAGGGCGCCAGGGAGGCCGCGCCGGGCUAAUCCGAAGGGGCUGCGAGGUCAGGCUGUAACCGGGUCAAUGUGUGGAAUAUUGGGGGGCUCGGCUGCAGACUUGGCCAAAUGGACGGGACUAUUAAGGAGGCUCUGUCGGUGGUAAGCGACGACCAGUCCCUCUUUGACUCAGCGUACGGAGCGGCGGCCCACCUCCCCAAGGCCGACAUGACCGCUUCGGGGAGUCCUGACUACGGGCAGCCCCACAAAAUCAAUCCCCUCCCACCGCAGCAGGAAUGGCUCAAUCAACCGGUGAGGGUCAACGUCAAGCGGGAGUAUGACCACAUGAACGGAUCCAGGGAGUCUCCGGUGGACUGCAGUGUUAGCAAAUGCAGCAAGCUCGUUGGUGGAGGCGAGUCCAACCCCAUGAACUACAACAGCUACAUGGAUGAGAAGAACGGCCCCCCUCCUCCCAACAUGACCACCAACGAGAGGAGAGUCAUCGUCCCCGCAGACCCCACGCUGUGGACACAGGAGCACGUGAGGCAGUGGCUGGAGUGGGCCAUAAAGGAGUAUGGCUUGAUGGAGAUCGACACGUCCUUUUUCCAGAACAUGGAUGGCAAGGAACUGUGUAAAAUGAACAAGGAGGACUUCCUCCGAGCCACCACCCUCUACAACACGGAAGUGCUGUUGUCACACCUCAGUUACCUCAGGGAAAGUUCACUGCUGGCCUAUAAUACAACCUCCCACACAGACCAAUCCUCACGACUGAGUGUCAAAGAAGACCCUUCUUAUGACUCAGUCAGGAGAGGAGGAUGGAGUAAUAACAUGAAUUCUGGCCUCAACAAAAGUCCUCCCCUUGGAGGGGCACAAACGAUAAGCAAGAAUACGGAGCAACGGCCCCAACCAGAUCCAUAUCAGAUCCUGGGCCCGACUAGCAGUCGCCUUGCCAACCCUGGAAGCGGGCAGAUUCAGCUAUGGCAAUUCCUCCUGGAGCUACUCUCCGACAGUGCCAACGCCAGCUGUAUCACCUGGGAGGGGACCAACGGGGAAUUCAAAAUGACGGACCCCGAUGAGGUGGCCAGACGCUGGGGGGAGCGGAAAAGCAAGCCCAAUAUGAAUUAUGAUAAGCUGAGCCGGGCUCUCCGAUAUUACUAUGAUAAAAACAUUAUGACCAAAGUGCAUGGCAAAAGGUAUGCCUACAAAUUUGACUUCCACGGCAUUGCCCAGGCUCUGCAGCCACAUCCCACUGAGUCGUCCAUGUACAAGUACCCCUCUGACAUCUCCUACAUGCCUCCCUACCACACCCAUCAACAGAAGGUGAACUUUGUUCCUCCCCACCCAUCCUCCAUGCCGGUCACUUCUUCCAGCUUCUUUGGAGCCGCGUCACAAUACUGGACCUCCCCCACUGGGGGAAUCUACCCUAACCCCAACGUCCCCCGCCAUCCUAACACCCACGUGCCUUCACACUUAGGCAGCUACUACUAGAAGCUUAAUGACCAGUGACCUUCCAGCCGAAGCCCAUCCCUCACACUUCCUGGAUACUCUGGACUCUAAAGGACAUAUGUGGCCUUGAAGAAAAAACGAAACUGGAUGUUCUUUCUUGUUGACUAGAACCUUUGUAAUUGUUUUUUUAAAAAAUCUUUUUUAAUGUUGGUAACUUUUGCUUCCUCUACCUGAGCAAAGAGAUGAAUAAUUCCAUGGGCCAGUAUGCCAUUUUGGAUUCUCAGUCUCCUAGCAUCCUGUGAGUGGAAUAUUUAGAUUACUGGAAUGGUUAUAUCAUGGUUCUGAGAAAGAAGCUGUAUAUCUUCUUUAUGUUUUUAUGACCAAAGCAGUUUCUUCUCAACACACGGGUCUCAUCAGUGUAGGGUUCAGUACAAUAAAGAAUCAUAGACUUAACUGGUCGUGUUCUGGUUUGAGAUUUAGUGAAAAUAGAGACAGGGAGCUUAAAAUUUUACUUUAGAAGGAACUAAUUCAGUGGAUGGCAGCUGGAACAUUGGUUGUAAGGCCAGUGAAGUUUUCACCCAACUGGAAUUUGAAAGAAAGAAUGUGUGUGUAUUUAAGAAGCCAUGGGCAUUGCUAAAUUUCCCUCAGUGGGUGAUGUGCACUCAGCUGACCAUUCUCUCUAGAAAUAGUCAAGAUAUGAACUAAGAAAUGUUAAUGCAAAUAUGGACAUUCCUGAAAGACAGAGAACUAAAUAACUAAUUUUUUUUUUUAAUGAUGACAGUGAGUCCCAGAACUUUGAAAAGUCAUAGGGAUUUCUAAACUCAAACAGAUUCGCAAGCGCUGUGCGUUUGUCAGACCAUCAGACCAGGGUCAACCAAUCAGAAGGCAACUUACUGUAUAAAUUAUGCAGAGUUAUUUUCCUAUAUCUCACAGUAUUAAAAGUAAAUAAUUAAAAAAUUAAAAAGAAUAAAUAAACGAGUUGACCUCGGUCACAAAUGCAAUUUUACUAUCAAAUCAGUCGUUGUUAUUUUUUUAAAUGUAAUUUGUACAUCUUUUGUCAAUCUGUACAUUUGGGCUGUUUGUACGUUUUUAUAGCUGGUUUUUUAAAAGCAUAAUGUGACUAUUGCUGAAAAGAAAACAGGACAUUUAAGUCACUGACUUUCAAGAAAGAGAAGCACUGGUACAGUUAUUUAUCAGGCAUGCACAAGCAAGGAAAGUCAAUCCAUUUAGCUCUUUAAUGCUUUGGAAAUGUUUGUAAAUAACAGUAUUGCAAUAAUCACAACUCUGAAAGGAACAACCAAACUUUCCCUCGUGGAGAUGAGGGAUUUCCUGCUCUAUAUAUGCAAUAUAUUUUUUAGACAUUAAAGUAUAUAUAAUUUUGCAGGUAAUCGUUUACUUUUUUAACUAUAUUAAGUGUAAGCUGACAACUGUCAAUGAAGACUAUGUUGUAAAAUAAUUUGACUAAAUAAAUUGUGCCUUCU